AUGUGGGUUAUUUUAGGUCAUACAUAUAUCUUUGGAAUAUCAGUCUGGAGAAAUAUGGCUACUUUGCUGUCUCUUUUCAAAAGGUUCACAUUCCAAGUUAUUUCCAAUGCACUUUUUUCAGUUGACACUUUUUUUAUGCUCAGUGGAUUGUUGGUAACAUAUGGCAUCAUGAAGGCAAUGAAGAAACAGAACAACAAACAUAACUGGGUUUAUUUCUAUGCUCAUAGAUUUUGGAGAAAGCCCAAACUUGGUGGACUCAUAUUGCUUGUCCUUCUGUUGGCUCAUUUUAUUUCAUCAGGUGUAAUCUCCACUGUCAAUGGUUUUGGACCAAACAUGUUUGGCACCUCUGGGACACCAGGUGAUGCCAUGUCACAGGAGUUGAGUUCACUUUACACAGCACUAGCACGUACUGUCUGGGCCCUCAGUGUUGGCUGGGUUAUCUAUGCUUGCUCUACUGGUUAUGGAGGUUUUGUGAAUACAAUAUUAUCUUGGAAAGCCUUUAUCCCCCUAAGCCGUCUCACAUACUGUGCCUAUCUUGUACACCCAAUCAUUCUUCAGUCUUUUUAUCUAAAGAUAUCUAUCUAUCUAUAG